GACGUGGUGUCCGGCAACAUGGAGCCCACCGAGACCGACCUGCUCAACGGACACCUGAGGAAGGUGGACAACAGCCUCACCGAGGCCCAGCGCUUCUCCUCCCUGCCUCGCCGGGCGGCGGUGAACAUCGAGUUCAAGGACCUGUCCUACUCGGUGCCCGAGGGGCCCUGGUGGAGGAAGAAAGGAUACAAGACCCUCCUGAAAGGGAUCUCCGGGAAGUUCAACAGCGGGGAGCUGGUGGCCAUCAUGGGGCCCUCGGGGGCCGGGAAGUCCACGCUCAUGAACAUCCUGGCCGGAUACAGACUGCGGGACCCAGCACGGGUCUGA